UUUUGGGAAUAUGCAAUUAUGCAUGGCAUUAUAGGAUGCUUUGAUAAAUACUUGGCCAUUCGUGGCGGAGGCAGUGGAGGAUCCAACAACGGUGCCGUUCAAGAAGGCUAACGGCGACGGAGCGAUGAGCUACUACUCAAAAAGGCCGAAUAUGAUAAACUUGUUUGGCAAGGCUAUGCGUAGUGUGUCCGUACCAUUCAUGAGGGAAAUGCUAGAGAACUAUGAUGGAUUCAAUGGUGUUGAAUCAUUGGUUGAUGUUGGUGGCAACUAUGGUGACUGUUUAGAAAUGAUUAUGCAAAGGUACCCUAAUAUCCGUAAGGGCAUCAACUUCGAUUUGCCCCAUGUCGUUGCUCAUGCACCACCUCUUCCAGGAAUAAUCCAUGUAGGUGGUGACGCCCAUGAAUUUGUUCCCAAUGGAGAUGCUAUAUUCUUAAAGUGGCUAGUUACAACAUCGACGGACGAGGAUACCAAGAAGGUGUUUGAGAAUUGUUACAAGGCACUUCCAAAUGGAGGGAAAUUGAUUGUUGUUGAGCCCGUGCUGCCAGAGUCAACGGAUGAAAGUCAAAGAACAAGGACAUUACUUGGUGCUGACGUGUACAACAUGACAAUGUACAAUCCUAAGGGGAAGCAGAGAACCGAACAACAAUUCAAAGAUCUUGCCAAUUUUGCUGGGUUCUCUUCUUGCCGUGCCUUCUAUGUUGAUCCUUUCAUGUCUGUUCUUGAGUUUCAGAAAUGAUCAAAAGGCUCACAUCAUGUUUUAGUAUUAUAUGUGUAGUAGUGUCAUGUUAAUCAUGUCCUUGGCGAAUCGUGAAUUAAUAAAUAAUGGGCAUGAAUAAUUGAAUUAAGAACAUUCUACUGGGUACUAAUAAUGGUUUUUAUGAACAAGUUAAGUGUUUUAAGCAUAUUAGUGAAGAGAUUAGUAUUUU